GUGAUCUCUACGCGGUGGACUUAGAAAGUAGUUCGUUGAAAUGCUGCUCAAAGGCUUCCUGCUGUUAUUUUUCACUGCCCAAAUAGCAGCCGAUUUCGAGGCCAUAGGCAUCGAACAAGUUCCCUGGCAAGCCUCGGUGCAAAUCAACAGCAAACAUCACUGCGGAGGAGUGAUAUACAGCGACGAUAUCAUCCUAACCAUUGCCGAGUGUGUGAGGAAGGCCAGAUUGGAGUUCAUCUCAGUGCGAGUGGGAUCUGCCCAGAUAAACGCCGGAGGUAGCGUGCUGACGGUCAGAAAGAUGAGGCUGCAGGUUCUUGGUCUACGGCGGAGUGAUGUGGCCUUACUUCAGCUGAGAUACCCACUGUACUUGGGCGGCGAUGUUCAGACCAUUUCCUUGGCCAGCACUUCGCGUCCUGGAACAAAUGCCUCCGUUUCGGGCUGGGGACAUCUCUCUGCCCUGAAUCCUUCAACGGCAGUUUUGCUGAGGGUCGAUGUGCGCAUGCAAGAUCAUUUGAAAUGCGCGACGGACCAUGCUCUAAAGGGCAGACUUAUCCAUUUGGACGAGAUGUGCGCAGCUCCCACGGGAAAAGUUCCCCACGCCUGUCAAAAAUUUGUUGGCGCUCCCUUGGUUGCCAAUAAUCUACUGUACGGAAUCCUUUCCUGGGAAAGUGCCUGUGACGUCAUCAAAGAAUCUACUAUAUAUGCCAAUAUUCCUAUGCUCAAAGUGUGGAUUGAUGCCACCGCCAAGCUAAUGAAUAUCUUUAAAAUAGGCUAGGAAUCUUUACUUUUUAGCAGAUCAAUGUAAGCACCACCUUUUCAUGUAUACAGUUCAAAAAUCCCCAGUGAAAUCCCCGCACAAUUGGCCAACACAAAAUAUUGCAAAUUGUUUUCGCUUACC